AUGACUGUCGCCACCGGCGACCCCUCUGACGAAGCGGCUGCACACCCGGGGCAGGACUACGACCCGGAGGCCGACCAUGAGUGUUGCGAGAGGGUGGUCAUCAACAUCUCAGGGCUGCGCUUUGAGACUCAACUCAAAACCCUCUCCCAGUUCCCAGAGACUCUGCUGGGGGACCCCAAAAAGAGGAUGCGCUACUUUGACCCGCUGAGGAACGAGUACUUUUUCGACAGGAACAGACCCAGCUUCGACGCCAUAUUGUAUUAUUACCAAUCAGGGGGCCGGCUAAGAAGGCCGGUCAACGUCACCCUUGACAUUUUCUCAGAGGAGAUUCGGUUCUACGAGCUGGGCGACGAGGCCAUCGAGAUAUUCCGAGAAGACGAGGGUUUCAUCAAGGAGGAGGAGCGGCCUCUUCCAGAUAACGAGUUUCAGAGACAGGUGUGGCUGCUGUUUGAGUACCCAGAGAGCUCAGGUCCUGCUAGGAUUAUUGCCAUAAUCUCUGUCAUGGUCAUCCUGAUAUCUAUUGUCAGUUUCUGCUUGGAGACCCUCCCCAUUUUCCGGAACGACGAUGACGAUAAGCACAAGUUUCACUCGAAAAUCUAUUAUCCUGAGACCAACACCACGGUCAUCACCUACACGUCCACCUACUUCACCGACCCCUUCUUCAUCCUGGAGACUCUCUGCAUCAUAUGGUUCUCCUUUGAGUUUCUAGUGCGCUUCUUUGCCUGCCCCAGCAAAGCGGGCUUUUUUGGUAAUAUAAUGAACAUCAUUGAUAUUGUCGCUAUCAUCCCUUACUUCAUCACUCUUGGCACAGAGCUCGCAGAAAAGCCAGACGAUGGUCAGGCGGGUCAACAAGCCAUGUCUUUAGCCAUUCUCAGGGUCAUCCGCUUGGUGCGAGUGUUCAGAAUUUUCAAGCUCUCCCGUCACUCUAAGGGGCUUCAGAUUUUGGGCCAGACCCUGAAAGCCAGCAUGAGAGAGCUGGGCCUGCUCAUUUUCUUCCUCUUCAUCGGGGUCAUCCUUUUCUCGAGCGCCGUCUACUUCGCCGAAGCAGACGAGCCCGAGUCCCAGUUCGAAAGCAUCCCGGAUGCGUUCUGGUGGGCCGUGGUGUCCAUGACAACAGUCGGCUAUGGUGAUAUGGUCCCAACCACGAUCGGUGGCAAGAUCGUGGGCUCCCUCUGUGCCAUCGCAGGUGUGCUGACCAUUGCCUUGCCCGUGCCUGUCAUUGUGUCCAACUUCAACUACUUCUACCACCGCGAGACCGAAGGCGAAGAGCAGGCGCAGUACCUGCAGGUCAAUGUCCCCAAAACCGAUUCGGCCGAGGAGCUGAAGAAAAGCCGGAGCGGCUCCACCGUUAGUAAAUCAGACUAUAUGGAGAUCCAGGAGGCGGUGAACAACAGCCGCGAGGACUUUCAGGAGGAGAACCUUAAGACGGCCAACUGCACGCUGGCCAACACAAACUAUGUAAACAUCACCAAAAUGCUCACAGACGUGUAG